AUGACGCUGAAGCACCGACACUUACACGCAAAAUUAAUUAUAAAAACAAGAAAAAUUAAUGGUCGAAUAAAAAAUAUGAUAAAAGACUUCAAACUUGUUUCACGUGAAGAUUAUUUUAAAAUGGCUGGAUCAGUGUUUAAUUUUUUAAUGUUCGAUUCACUGUCCACGAACCGCACAGUGUUACUUACUGGUGUUCUUUCUUUAAUUGAUGAUAUGAUCAAACGACGUGUAGCAAAAAUAUGA